AUGUCGACGUGGUUACUGCAUGAGAAGACCCGGCCGUCUGUAACAUAUAUCACCGUACGAGGCCAUGCUUCGACAUCAUCACGGCAACAGCCCAGCAGCCGCGCCGCCAUGGAAGCCUGCACGCCUCAUCCCCGUCCCGACAUGUACGGCCUCGGGAUCCGCUUCACCUUUUACUUGCAGUGGUUCGGCGCGCUCUACUUCAACCACGUCGGCCAGGAGGUGCUCCCCGCGGUGCGUCUCCUCGGGCUCUGCCUGUCCAUCGCCGCGACGGCCGCUCUCGUCGUCCACAUCAGCCGCAUCAACGACGCCGGCACCGCGACCAACAGCGUCCCAGCGGCCACGACGCCCGUGCCGCUCGACCCCGCGGGCAUCUACAUCGUGCUGCUGCUCACGACGGGCACGUACAUGUUCCUGGUGCCCGUGUACUUGUUCCGCCCGUUCAUGUGCUGGAACCCGCGGUACAGCCCACGCUCGUGGUCCAAGGAGCGCAAGGUGCGCGCCUUUCGGCUGAUCGAGUGGGCGCUCGUCGUAACGGCCGCAUCGACGGCCGUGUGGUUCUUCGCGGUCCACGUGCCGGGCCUGCACCGGGCGGCGCGCUGCCACCAGUACGGCUUCCUAUUCAGCCCGAUGCCGCUCGACGGCAACGACGGGUUCCUGGCCUUCAACGCGGCCGUCUACCUGCUCAUGCUGCUGGUCUGCCUCGGCAAGCUCCUGUGGCGCGUCUUCUGCGACAGGAGGGUGAGCGAGAGGGUGAGGCACGAGCGCGGAAACAUGCGUCUCCCGUACGUCGUCGAGCUUCCAGUCAUGUUGAUGCCGCCCGCACGAGCGUCUGCUGGUGUCUGA